AUGUGUGGCAAUUUGUCCCCACCCGGGUUUCCCUGUUCCCAAGGAGGUGGCACCUCCAAUACAUCCCAUCCUCCACCACCUACGGCUUGCACCCAGCAGACCAGCAGGUCCUUCCCAGCAGCAUGGGCAGGGAGCACCAGCGCUCCAGUGAAGCGUCCGAGAUACCUCAGAGAAACAAGGCGACGAGAAGCAGCUAAAAUCAGCUCAGCAUCCAAACACUACCUAGACAGCUUAGAUCGAAUCGGAGCUGCAGACUACCAGCCCACGGAGCAGGAUAUCCUCCGAACCAGGGUCAAAACAACUGGCAUUGUAGAAACCCACUUCACAUUCAAAAACCUCCACUUCAGGCUCUUUGAUGUCGGGGGCCAGCGGUCAGAACGCAAGAAGUGGAUUCACUGCUUUGAGGAUGUCACGGCGAUCAUUUUCUGCGUCGCACUGAGUGGCUAUGACCAGGUGCUCCAUGAAGACGAAACCACGAACCGCAUGCACGAAUCACUGAAGCUUUUUGACAGCAUCUGCAACAACAAAUGGUUCACAGAUACAUCUAUCAUCCUCUUUCUAAACAAGAAGGACAUAUUUGAGGAGAAAAUUAAGAAAUCUCCGCUGACUAUCUGCUUUCCUGAGUAUACAGGCCUCAACGCUUUCACAGAGGCCGUGGCUUACAUCCAGGCUCAGUACGAGAGCAAGAACAAGUCCCCCAACAAGGAGAUCUACACACACAUCACCUGCGCCACCGACACCAACAACAUCCAGUUCGUCUUUGACGCCGUCACGGAUGUCAUCAUCGCCAACAACCUGCGGGGAUGUGGACUCUACUAA